AUGACUGUCGGUGAACUUCGUGAUCUUCAUGAUAAAGAUUGGAUAGGCAUUGGCUUGACAGUAUUUGCAUUGCAUGCAUUGAAAAAUAUGCUUCAGAGUAAAAGACACGCAAUUCUCAGUAAGCAGAGUAGCUGUCUUCAUCUUGUUCGAAAUUCCUCUUCUACUACUACUACUACUCUAGAAAUCAACUGGGAUUAA